CUUUUUUGCGCGUCUAGCUAGGGAGAUGAGACGAUCGUCAGCGAGAGUCGCUCUCUUCGCUACGAACCUUCGACGGAACCGGUCGCAAGCUCAAAUAGAUACUGUAGUCCUGCCACGUCAUACUUCGAGAAAGAUAUUUGAACAUUAGUAGAGUUUUAUUAGAGGGCAAAGAAGGUUGUUUUUUUUAGUGAAUAAAUGGAGUAAUCAACUUAUAGUAAUUGUAACCAGUGUUUGAGUUAUUAAACUUCCUUUCCUCUGAACCCGAGACCGGCAUUCGUAUGGUGUUCGAUUGAUAUUAUGGACAAACAAAAGGCAGCACCAUAAUUUUUGGUCCUUCGAGCCGGAUACGACGGAUUCAACGAGGAAAGUUAUGUUACACAUCUUGUGGAAGUUUCGUGUGUGCUCUUACAGACUGAUUGCUGAACAAACCUAACACCGAGUGCGGACAUUGUUAGCGAAAGACUCCCGUUUCUCGCGAAUGAGACUAUACUCGGUAUGAAAUCGCGUGUGAGAGUGGAAGUGCGAACAUAGCAUCGGUGCGAGGAGGAGAAUUGGCCUCACCCAAUUAGCAACGUCACGGGAAGACCGAGGUCGUCAAAUCACCAGGAGUUGAUAAAGAUUCUGCCGACGCCACUUGGAUUGCUGUCCAUAUCUUUUCUACAAUCACGUGAAACGAAUUGGAAAAUUCAAUGCCUAGCAUCGAGCCUUAUAGUCUAAUUCGAUCAUCAUCUAAGCCUACUGACGAGUUGUUUUGAUGCGCAAUUUUCGCACACGUACGGCAAGCCUAUAAACUCACAAGCGACGUCAACAACACGCAGCGCGAUCAAAACAAAUAGACGGUAUUAGCGCGAUCGGUUCCUAUAGGAACGCAACGGGCGAAUUUUCAAAUUUUGCUGACAAUUCUCCGCGUUGAUUAAGUGUGAAAUCUUUCCAUUAAUACAAGUUCAAGAAAAGUCGAGUUAUACGCAUCAAUAUGGGGGAGUGUGACGAUCUGUUAGCCGAUCAAAAGCGUUUAUUCAACCUGAUGCAACAGAUCGCUGCAGUCACAAAAACGGAAACAUCGCAAACGUUUAACGCCGCCGACGUAGAGGCCCGGUUGGGGCUGUUGGAAGCUUAUUGGGAGAAAUUCUCUGACCAUGACCUCGUAUUGCAGAGGGAUGCGAAGACACUGAAGGCGCGCUCAUAUUUCACGAAGAACAUGUUCGAUGGCGGACUCGGGGCCUACCUGACCGGAAAAGCUUGGUUAUCAGAACGAGUAAGGACACUGCGAGCACCUCCCCCUGCGAGGGCGCCCUCAGAAACAGCGGCAGCCGGUGCUGUCUCUCACCAAGCAGCGUUGGAAAAGCUAAAACUGCCACGAUUUAGUGGCACUCAGCGAGAGUGGGAGGCGUUCAAGGAGAGGUUUGAGUUGUUGGUGCUUGACGAUGCGACAAUGCCUUUGGUCAUAAAAUUCCAGCAUCUGUUGAACUGCUUGGAGGGUGAAGCGGCGGAGAAACUUAAAGGCAUCCAAAUCAUCGCAACUAAUUUUCAAACAGCCUGGGAAACGUUGUGUCGACGCUACGACAACAAAUUUCUGCGAUUCCUCGUCCAAAUGAAGGCCCUCUCUACUCUUCCGUCGGCUGCCAAGGAAUAUGUGUCGCACAUCAACCAACUGCUCAAUACAACCAACGAAAGUAUUAACACGUUUCGUGCACUGGGACGCCCGGUCGAACAUUGGGACGAUGUUUUAAUACAUUUCAUUGAAUGCAAAUUGGCGCCGACAACCCGAAUGGACUGGGUAAAGGAGAUAGAGAGUAAGAAAUCAUCGAAGAUGGCGGACGAGUUUCCGACGUAUGAGGAGCUGCGAAAAUUCCUGGAGGAUAGAGUGCAGACCCUAGAUAUAGCCGACACGGACCUGGAGUCAUCAAGUCAGAGAACUCAGGUUGAAUCUAGCAAAAAGUCUGUCUCAGCGCAGCGGACCGGAAGAAAAGGAGCUUAUUCCGCUACUCAGCGGGCAGGGCGAGCCGGGAGCAAGCAAAAGUGUUCAUUCUGCAGCGCGGACCACUUCGUCGGAUACUGCCAGAAGUUCGGGGCCUGUUCACCGACACAACGUCGACAGCAUGCAGAAUCGGCUCGCCUGUGCACCAACUGCCUUAGUUCGCACCAUUCUAUCAAUGCAUGUACUUCCAAGGGACGAUGCCUUGCUUGUGGAGAUAAGCAUCACACCCGGCUGCACGAAGAGAAGAAAACACCUGGGAACAGCUCGGUGGGUGUAACUAGUGCGGGGAAAUCUACUGUAGCCCAUGCUCUUACGGAUUCGGUCAACAGCUUCUUCGCGACCAGAGAAACGAGCAUUCUUCUGUCUACAGCAUGCGUAGUUCUGGAGUCUGACCACGGACGCGCUAUGACAGUGAGAGCGCUACUGGAUUCUGGAUCUGAAGAAUCUUCUAUUAGCGAGCACGUGGCUCGAGCGCUCGGACUGCCGUCUACCACUGUUAACGUAGCCACGGAUCGGGAGCUACAGACGUCAUCACUGCACAUCACAGUGGACCAAGAGUUGACCAAGGCCAUUACCCGGUUUUGGGAAAUCGAAACAGUGUCAGCUGGCACAAGGCUAUCGCCGCAAGAGGAGGAGUGUUAUGCACACUUCCGACGUACUUAUUAUCGCGACAAAAAGGGACGAUUCAACGUUCGCUUAUCUGUUCGUGAACCACCCACUGAACUGGAUACACAGAUGAUCGCUGCCGCGUGCUUCAGUUGAUUAGAGGCGCGGUUAGCGAGGCGGGUAACCUUAUACGCUGCAUACCGUGCUUUCAUGGGGGACUAUCUGCAGCUCGGCCAUAUGGAGUUGGUACCCCCAGCGGAGAGGGAGUCUGCGGUUCGUUCCUACUUGCCCCAUCAUCCGGUGUUCAAACAAGACGGCAGUGGGAACAUACGCGUUGUUUUCAACGCCUCACAGCUCGACGAGAACGGCGUUUCCUUCAAUUAUUACCUCCAUACAGGACCAAAAUUGCAAGAGGAUAUCGUCAUCAUUCUGAUUCGUUGGAGCUUCUUUCAGUUCGUCUUCACAUGCGAUAUAGUGAAGAUGUUUCGCCAGUUUCGAGUACACCCGGAUGACGCAGACUGGCAGCGCAUAUUCUGGCGCCCUGAUGUUGAAUCACCGGUGGAAGUUUAUAGGCUGACUACGGUGACGUAUGGUACCGCGUGCGCCCCAUUCCUGGCCUGCUGCAGCUUGCGGACGACGAGCAUCACGGCAAAGUCAAGGGUCGCGCCUAUCAAGGUGAUCAGUUUGCCUAAAUUGGAGCUGUGCGGGGCUGUUUUGCUUGCGCGCUUGGUGGUAUAUAUAUAUAUUGCCGAAGUUGGACACUCAACCAACUCAGAUAUUCUGCUGGUCUGACUCAAAGGUGGUUUUGGCCUGGCUUCAGGGUCAUCCAUCGAAGUGGAAAACGUUUAUCGCAAAUCGGGUGAGUGAGAUAUCAUCGUCUUUGCCAUCGGCAGUAUGGAAACACGUUCGUUCGGCGGACAACCCGGCGGAUCUGGCUACAAGAGGAGAAACGCCAAAAAGCCUUCGCGAAUCGUCGCUUUGGUGGACGGGACCCAGAUGGCUGCGGAAGAAGGAGACUGAGUGGCCGAAUGCAAUGGAAGAAGAAUUUACGACGGAUAUAGAGGCGAAGAAGGCGGAGAUUUGUCUUGGGUUUUCUACUGUACAUCAUCCAAAUUUCGCCGAAUGGUGCCUAAAGUUCUCCUCAGUCGACAAAGUCAUCCGAAUUCUGGCGUACAUCCAUCGAUGGCGAGCCAACGCUAAGCUCGAUCGGGCCGAGUGUAGAACAACGUGGCUGACUGCAGCAGAGUUGGCGUGGGGUAAAAGGACAUUGCUGAGGAUCGUACAGCAGGAAGCAUUCGGGUCAGAGAGUGAGUCAUUGAACUCGAAAAACACCGUGUCCAAUGCCAGCUGUCUACGUAGACUGCUGCCUUUCGUCGAUCAAGACGGGAUUAUCCGCGUCGGUGGAAGAUUGCAGAAUUCCUACCUAUCAGAGGCAGAGAAGCACCCCGUAAUACUGCCCAGCAAACACCACGUCACAGACCUUUUGAUUUGGAAAGCUCAUCUAACCUCGUUACACGGAGGUCCUUCGCUUGUGCAGAGCCAGCUUUCUAGGCAAUACUGGAUUCUUAGGGGAAGAAAUUUCAUACGUGGAGUAGUACGAAGGUGCGUCAAAUGUGCGCGGCAUAGAGCCGCUACACACACGCAGCAGAUGGCCCCCUUGCCCGCGGCCCGCACGAGGCCGGCCAGGCCAUUCAGCUUUACUGGAGUGGAUUAUGCUGGGCCUUUCCUAAUCAAAUCGUCGCCAGGUCGAGGGCAAAAAUCCUACAAGGGCUAUGUGGCUGUUUUCGUGUGUAUGGUCGUCAAGGCGGUACAUCUAGAGGUGGUGUCGGACUAUAUAUCCACCGCGUUUCUGGCAGCAUUUAGACGGUUUGUCGCCCGGCGGAGACUGUGUAAGGUGCUCUAUAGCGACAACGGUACCACUUUUCGCGGCGCAGACACCGAGUUGCGACGCCUCUUCGAUGCCACAUCGAGUUUGAGCCAGCAGGUCGCGGCGGAGGUGGCAAAGGACGGAGUGGAGUGGACGUAUAUCCCGCCUCGCGCACCUAACUUCGGCGGCUUAUGGGAAGCCAACGUGAAGGGAUUCAUUUCACCUUCAGCGUGUUAUUGGCGAAAGGAAGCUGACAUUCGAGGAGUGGACCACCGUAACAGCACAAAUCGAGGCAUGCUUAAACUCGAGGCCGCUGAGUCCGCUUAGUUCGUCGGGAGAAGACGUAUCUGCAUUAACACCUGUCUGUUCUAGGUGGCACCUACUGUCUCUUAUGAGAAAUCAUUUCUGGCACAGAUGGACACGGGAGUAUCUGGUUUUACUAGGACAGAGAGCGAAGUGGUUGCAUUCGAACUAUAGCUUCAAGGUUGGAGAUCUGGUACUAUUCAAGGACGAGUUAAUGCCACCUACUAAAUGGCCUCUCGCCAGGGUCACCCGUUUAUUUCCUGGGCCUGAUGGAUUGAGCCGCGUGGCAGUUAUUCGCACAACUACCGCCGAAUAGAAGCGGCCGAUCAGCAAACUCAUACUGUUGCCGGUGAGCUCGGAGGCUUCAGAGGGGCUCAACGAAACCAAUUCGAGCACGGCGGGCGGUUCUGCGCACCCCGUUUAGGAGGUAAUGUCUUGUCGCCAACUGAAGAAGGAAGAGAAAAGAUAUCAAAACCCGCGUCUAUAAUGUAUUUUACCGUCGAGCUGAGAUGUAAAUUUAUUUUAAUAUUGUUGUCUUAUGCUUUAUAGAGGUUUGUAGAUUGACCAUAUUGUAUGUAGCGUCGAAUUUUACUUUAGUUGUAUAAUCGCAUGACUGGGUAGCGUAUCAUGCUAGCGCAUGAUCGGGUAAACUUUAAUCGUUCCUUAGAAAGAGUCGUUUUUUCGAGAUUUUGUCUUUUGUAUACUCGUAUGUAUGUUAAGAGUAAUUUGUGCGAUUUAGGUGAUUUCGUUGCUUUAGUAAUGAAAUGCGAAUGAUAUACAGACGAUUAGUUGUAAUUUUUACGGCAUAACUUGCCACUUAUGUCGUGGCGGGCGGUAUGUUCGCGCCAAUAAUAAGUCGAACUAUAUUGGCGUAUGCUGAGUAGACACGCGUCUCGAUUAUUCGCGAAUGUUCGUUUGCGUCGCUUCGCUCGGAGAUUUUCCCUCUCCUUUUUCGCGCGUCUAGCUCAGGAGAUGAGACGAUCGUCAGCGAGAGUCGCUCUCUUCGCUACGAACCUUCGACGGAACCGGUCGCAAGCUCAAAUAGAUACUGUAGUCCUGCCACGUCAUACUUCGAGAAAGAUAUUUGAACAUUAGUAGAGUUUUAUUAGAGGGCAAAGAAGGUUGUUUUUUUAGUGAAUAAAUGGAGUAAUCAACUUAUAGUAA